AUGUCCACUCAGUACAGUGUCCAGGAAAAUAUACUCCUCUCCGAUUUCGUUGAUGAGAUUGGUUCAGUUAACCCGCAGACGGGCACCACAGUGGACAACGCCAAGCAGCAAAAACCUGCCAAUUUGAAAAUAUGGUUUGCGAUUGUCAUUGGCAUAGUUUUUUUCAUUGUUUGCAUUUUCGUGACUAUGGCUUAUUUCUAUCUUCGACGUUGGAGAAAUCAGAGAAGAAUUCAAGCAAGAUGUACAAACGAAUCCCUUGUUUACGUAGGCUCCUAUCGACCAAAGACGACUCAAGUUUGUAGGAUGUCUAACAGAACAGACGAAUCCUUGCCUUCACCAAUUAUGCUGGUUCCACUGACUGUACUUACUAGUCAUAACACAAGUAAUGGUACUGUUUUGACUGAUCAAUUAGAGCAUUGGAAGAGAAGGGAAUCAGGGCAAGAGAUUCCGACUAAUACCUUUUACGUCGUCCAUGGCGAUUCAUUAACUGAAACUGAACGCACUGAUACAUCUGCGAUACCGUGCAUUGUUCCUCAUACCACAGUUUCACGCAUCUCCUUAACUCAAACACAACAAAUUUAA